AAUGUCUCUUGCCAUUUCAGUAACCAUGCGAGGCCGACAUCGACCGUCCCUCGUGGUGGGUCUCCUGACAUUCCUCGGGACGCUGACAGUGUCGUCUGCUCGAGCCGUCUGCGAUCAUAAGAUCCAAUUUAUGACGUUCAACGCUGACCUGAGUACUCAAGUCCCGCAUUAUGAGAGGAGGAGAAAGCUCAUCCCAUUGGCUCUCGUGGAGACAAAGGCUGACGUCAUCUGCCUCCAGGGCAUAUGGAAAGGAUCGGACGUUGACCGGAUCUCGACAGCUGUGAAAGACGUCUUCCCCCACUCCUUUAGCAACGUGCACUACACCGUGGGGAGAGUCAGUCGGAAGUGAAGAAGAUGGUGAUCUGGGGCAUGCUGGAGAAGUACUUUCCCAUGCUGAGGACGGAACCCUGCAAAGUCCUGGAGGCCGUCCCAAUGGGCUACUGUCUGCUGUUCAGCUGUCAACGUCAGUCGGGGACCCAGCUAAUGCAGUGCAUGGCGGCCCACUGCGCCCGCUACAUCAACGACAUCAGCCCUGUAUGCAUAGCAUGCAUAGUCCGGCGUCCGAACACCCCAAAGUACGAGUCCGAGUGUGGCGAAGCUGUAGCGUUGCCAGGGAUGAGUGCGAGGAUGAAUAACCACGGGUUGCUGUUGCUGAGCAAGUUGAACAUCACGGGGACGACCAUGGUGCGGCAGCAGACGGGGAAUCACGGAUAUCUGAAAAUGGAGAUUCAGGAUGUCGGUAGUGUUGUUUGUGCGCAUCUACACGCCAGUGAUGAACUUCCGGGCGUAGAAGAUUGCGGAGAGAAGGUCGCCAACCCGAACCGCGCCUAUGACAACCUGAUGGGAGUGUAUCAUCUCGCGUCGUCAGGAGACACGAAAAACCACGUGAUUAUGGGAGACUUGAAUACCAGCCCACAGUUACCGUGGAACAUUGACUCGCUGUUUGGGGCGAGUUACGCGGCCCUCAUCUAUGGUGGCUUUUCUAUUCCUUACGUAGAACACAUUGGUCACUGUACUUACUGCGCAGACAACCAACUCGUCCGCAGCAUGGGCUACAACAAGAGUCAUAUCCUUGACCACGUACUGACCAAGGGAUUUGUGCCUUACAGCGCCAUGCGGACGCUUGACAGUUAUAAAGGAGAGCCCCUGUCAGCACACUAUGCAGUGCAGGUCGGAAUAUGCGUGGACAAGAAAUAGCAGAGGUCAAUCAACUACCAGUUGCAUCUCCAUCUUGUUCGUGGUUUUAGGGUGGGGGUAGAAGGUACGAAUCUGUCGACUCCCCAAAGUUGAAAUAAAGAACCAAGUGCUUA